CUUAUGUAUCCAUCAUUCUUUGAUGUGCAUCAGUUAAAAAAAAUUAUAUAGCUGUGGUUUUCCGUGUAAUUCUCAACAUACUUUUUAUCCAUCAACUGUGUGAUAUGUAUGAAUAAUAUAUAUAUAUAUGUAUUUAUACGUAUAUAUAUAUAUACAUGUAUGUGCGUGUAUAUAUGUGUGUGUGUGUACAUAUAUACAUAUACUUGUCGAGGUAUAUUCAUAUAUACAGCAGUCAUCAUAGAAUUUUCAGCAUCUGCAGAGUUCGCUUUCGCUGUAUUUUAGUAUUUAAUGGAAAGUAAAAAAAAAAAAGGGUAAAAAAAAGAAAAAAAGUAUGUGCGCGUGUGUGUAAAAAUUGUAGAAGCUGCUGCUGCUCUGAAGACCAAUGAUAACCAUUAACAGUGAUGAAGGCAUACAUGAAGAUAUUAUUCAAUGCGAACAGGUUAUUCGAUCUGGCCCACCUAUAACCAACUUGCACGAAGGUACAUGUUCACGUACUAAACUGAUAACAAACAUUACUUCUUUUUUGGAAAGCUGCAUUCCUUUUAAAACAUUAUAUGUUGAAAGUUCAGCAUAAACGAGUACAAAGUCAAUGAUUGUUUCCUUCUCUCGCCCUGCCUUUCACAAAAACAUACCAAGAGAACGAAAAAGUCAGAUAUCGAGAAAGUAAGUAAAAAUAAUAGAGCUAAUAGAAAAUGAGAGAUAGUGGGAGUAAAAGGAAACUAAAGGGAAGUAGAUGGCGUUAGCAGCAGUAUCAUCUAGCACCAUUGCUGUGGAGGAGCAGAUAUAGGAAGUGAGCAUGUGCUAUUGGCUGACACAAAACUGCUGUAGACAUUACUAGUCAUAUUUCGCAGUUGCUCUACAGUUGACUCGCAAGGUACACGUAGGCAAUCAUUCUUUGUGAUUAUCAAUUUUUUUUUUUUAACUUGAAUUUUCAGUGUGGAACCAUUUUUGCGCUGUCGACUACUUUAUCCUUCAACAAAACAUUAAGGACAUAUUGAAGCCUUUUGAAUUACGUUAACUGUUUCCAACGCGGAGCACUUAAAAACGUUAUUAAAAAAAAAGGAAAUUGCACACAUUACUGGCUUCACUUACUUCUUGACGACAGAUUUUUCCUAAUAUUAUUCAUUUAAAAUCGAUAAUUAAUUUACGGAGACAAUGACACAAUUUUUGCCACCGAAUCUGUUGGCUUUGUUUGCGGCCAGAGAUCCUAUUCCUUAUUAUCCUCCAGUUGACAAACUAAGUCACGAAAAAAAGAGAGUGCCAUAUACAGGAGUAGCACAAUAUUUCAAGGAAUUCGAGGAUCCUAAAGACACACCUCCACCAACUAGGAUUGAAACAAAAGAAGAAAGAAAAGAAAGGAAGCGCAAAGAGAGAGUAGAACAGAUCGCUUAUAAACUUGAACAGGAUUUAGCACUGUGGGAUCCACACAACAUUCCAGACAGUACAUCUGAUCCUUACAAAACUUUAUUCGUUGCUAGAAUUAAUUAUGACACAAGUGAAUCAAAACUACGACGAGAGUUUGAAGUGUUUGGUCCUAUACGAAGGAUCCGCAUGGUCAAUGAUGUUAAAAGUGUUAAAAUGCGUGGAUAUGCUUUCAUUGAAUAUGAACAUGAGAGGGACAUGCACUCUGCUUACAAACAUGCUGAUGGUAGAAAGAUUGAUGGGCGCAGAGUACUUGUUGAUGUUGAAAGGGGACGUACAGUUAAAGGAUGGCGGCCACGUCGACUAGGUGGUGGCCUAGGUGGUACCAGAAAAGGUGGGCCAGAAGAAAAUACAAGGUUUUCUGGUAGAGAUGAGUUUAAUCCUGGUCGAGAUGGUUACCGAGAUGAACGCACUGGUCGAGAAAGAUCUCGCAGCCGAGAAAGAGAUCGUGCUGGAGGUGCUGGUGGUGGUGCUGGUAUUGGUGGCAGUGGUGGUGGGGCUGGUAGACGUAGGAGCAGAAGUAGAGAGAGGAGGAGGAGUAGGAGUAGAGAAAGAGGAGGCCGUCUUCGAAGCCGCAGCCGUGAUCGUAGAAGGAGUAGAGAUAGAGAAGAAAAAGUAUCUGAAGGAGAAGAAGAUAUUCGCAUAAAAGAACGUAAACGAAGACGUAGUCGGUCACGAGACCGGCGGCGGAGCAGAUCCAGGGAGCGCAAGAGUAGAGGUAGUCGGAGAAGCCGCAGUCGAGAGCGUCGCAGGUCCAGAGAAAGAGGAAGAGCUGGAGAAAAGCUUGAACCUAAUGCUGAAUCAGUACCACCACCACCAGUUCCUGCAUAUGAUGAUGAAGCAAUGAUACAUAGAGAAAUCAAGCAAGAACCUAUUGAUCCUGGAUAUGAUAUUCACCCAAAUUACUCGCAAAUGGGUAUGGCUGGAGUACCAAGUGAACAAAAUGCUCACUAUAUGUCAAAUGGCGGCCAAGGACCAUCACCAUCUAAUACUCAGUCUUUACCUCCAGAUCAUCCUUUGGAGGAUAGGUAUGAAGAUUACAAUGAAGACUAGCUGUAUUAUUAAUUUACCUUAAUUGAAAUGAGUUGUAAUGUUGAUUCCGUAUAUUUGUAUAACUUGCUUCAGCUGAACAUUUCAGACUGGGCUAUUCAUCUGAUACCUUCAUUCUCUGAAUUUUAAAUGUCCCUUUAUAUUUUUCCUGUAUCAUUUGCCUAAUCAUUCCUUCAUGCCUUAACAUUAGAAGGUUUCUAAUAUAAAUAACAUGAUAUUGUUUGACAAUAUCUUUAUAUCUGAGUGGUAAAUAUUAUUGUUACAGUUUGUCUUUCAUGUAAAUUACAUUUUAAUGCUAUUGUUUCUGAGUAAGAUGAUUAGAUAAUCUUAUACAUCUAGAAAAGUAUUUCUGUCAUGAAGCUGGAUGUUAAUCUUUUAUAUAUAGUAGAAAGUUGAUUUGUACAGCUUUUUUAUUAGAAACAAAGAAAUAUAUUAAGCUUUAACUGUUACAAAGCUAAAGAGUAGGUAUUUUAAAAGCUGCAUGUAUAGUUGCCAUUUUAUUUUUAUAUAUAUAUAUAUAUAUAUAUAUAUAUAUAUGAAAUGUGAGUAUAGGUUUACUCUAUACAUCUGUCUUUAUUUUUAAGAUUUUAAUUGUCACUUUUUUUUUUAGAUUUUAAUUGUCACUCUUAACAAAGUUUACUUAUAUUAAACAAACACUCAGAUUUUUAAAUUUCUUAUUUAAAAAGAAAAUAUAAGACAUUGCAAUUCCCAGCCAUGUUGGUGCACUGAAAAUGCUGCAAUGCAUUCACCUGAAGUGAAGAAACAGGUGUGGGUGCAAAUUGAACUUCUGUUUUUGUGGCAUAGACUUCUUAAUAUGAUAAAAUGUUUAAAAGAAAAUAUUUCUUUAUUUUAUACCCCACCCUCUCCAUUUCCAUAACCAUUAAUGGGGUUGAUAAAAUGUGAAAAGGCUUUGUCGAAAAAUAAAAUUUUGCCUACUUUUUCUAUUCAU